UCUCAGAAAGAAGCAGAGAGAGAGAGAGAGAGAGAGAGAGAGAACACUUGCUACAACUUUGUGUGAGUUAUGUUUCAAUUUUUAUCUGAGACUGUGACCACUUGAGGGACAUCGGCACCAACUCAAAUUAUUUGCUUUUCUUUUUCCUUCUUUCUUCUGUAAAUUCUCCUGCUUCACCUUUUUUUAUUUCCUCUUCUUCUUCUUCUUCUUCUUCUUCUUUCUUGUUCUUGUUAUUCUCAUUAUUAUAAUCUCAAAAAUCCACACUUAUACAAUGUCAGCUCAUUAGCAUUCUCAGCACAUUUCCCAUCCCUCUCUUUCACUGUUUCUCUUUGUAUUCAACUUCAAUAUCCCACUUCACUUCUCUUCCUCAAUCAUGUCAACCAAAUCCAAAUCUAGUCUAUCUGUUACUCCUAGCAAACCUUCACCAGCUACUCCUAAAGUGAGUAAACUUAGCAGAGGAGUGGCUAAAUCAGAAGUUGAUUCGCCUUCUUCCGUGCAAAAUGCUGGUCUUUCGGUUGAUCAAUCCCCAAGAUCCAUUAAUUCGAAGCCAAUGAUUGAUAGAAGAUCACCAAAGGUUACUACUGCCCCACUAGCCAAGGCCGGUACCCCCCCUGAAAAACCACAGUCACGUUUUGUGAAGGGACCCGAAUUGCAGGCUCAGUUGAGUCUUGCUCAGGAAGAUCUAAAAAAAGCAAAGGAUCAGAUAGCAUUGAUUGAGAAGGAGAAGGCACAAGCAGUUAAGGAGCUGAAAGAAGCUCAGAGAGUGGCAGAUGAGGCAAAUGAGAAACUAAGAGAGGCUUUGGUGGCUCAAAAGCGAGCUGAAGAGGAUUCUGAGAUUGAGAAGUUCCGGGCUGUUGAAAUGGAACAGGCAGGAAUAGAGGCGGCCCAAAAAAAGGACGAGGAAUGGCAAAAAGAGAUUGAAGCUGUGAGGAACCAACAUGCUUUGGAUGUUGCUACUCUUCUCUCAACCACACAGGAGCUGCAAAGGAUAAAGCAGGAACUGGAAAUGACUUCUGAUGCAAAGAACCAGGCAUUGAGCCAUGCUGAUGAUGCCACUAAGAUUGCCGAGAUCCAUGCUGAGAAGGUGGAAAUUCUCUCAUCUGAGUUGUCCUGGUUGAAGGCCUUACUUAAUUCAAAGCGUGAGUCAAAGACCAUUGAAAAUGAGGAGUUGGUGUUGAAGCUUGAAGAAGAGGUAGAAUCUUUGAAACUAAAACUUGAGAAAUCAAAAAGUAUUGAGGAAAAGUUAAUGGAAAGGGAAGCUUCUAUUGAACAGCUUAAUGUUGAGCUAGAGGCCGCCAGGAUUUCCGAAUCAUAUGCUCGUAAUUUUGUGGAAGAAUGGAAAAUCAGGAUAGAUGAAUUAGAAAUGCAAGCCGAGGAGGCACAUAAAUUGAAGAGAUCGGCAUCAGAAUCUUUGGAUUCAGUAAUGAGGAAACUAGAGGAAAACAAUGAUUUGUUGCAUGAAGCAGAAUCUGAGAUUGCUUCUCUUAAAGAGAAGGUGGGGUUGUUGGAAAUGACAAUUGGAAGACAGAGAGGGGAUCUUGAGGAAUCAGAACGCUGUCUUGAUAUGGCUAAGAAUGAAACUUCUGAAAUUUCAAAAACAGUUGAAGCUUUGAAAUCUGAAUUAGAAACCGUUAAGGAAGAGAAAGUGCUGGCUUUGAACAAUGAGAAACUUGCAGCUUCCAGUGUUCAAAACCUACUGGAAGAGAAAAACAAGCUCAUUAAUGAGUUGGAGAAUUCUCAGGAAGAAGAGAAGAAGAGCAAGAAGGCGAUGGAAAGCUUAGCUUCUGCAUUGCAUGAAGUCUCUGCAGAAGCAAGGGAAACCAAAGAAAAGCUGCUAUCCAGUCAAAACGAGCAUGAAAGUUUUCAGGCCCACAUAGAAGAUUUAAAAUUGGUCCUGGAAGCGACAAACGAGAAGUAUGAAAACAUGCUUGAUGAUGCUAAACAUGAGAUUGAUUUUCUUUCGAACACUAUUCAACAGUCCAAGAACGAAUUCCAGAAGUCCAAGGCUGACUGGGAGGAAAAAGAGAUUCAUUUGGUGGAUUGUGUAAAGAAAUCAGAAGAAGAAAAUUCUUCAUUGGAGAAGGAAUUAAAUAGGUUGGUGAAUCUGCUCAAACAAAAUGAGCAAGAAGCUAAUGCUGCAAAGGAGGAAGAAGCUCAGCUGAGGGAAAGCCUUAAAGAGGUUGAAGCUGAGGUGAUUUAUCUGCAGGAAGCUCUUGGGCAAGCCAAGGCCGAGAGCAUGAAACUGAAGGAGAGUUUGUUGGACAAGGAAACUGAGUUGCAGGGUGUCAAUCAAGAAAAUGAGGAAUUCCGAGCUACAGAAGCUGCAUAUCUUAAUAAGGUUGAGGAGUUGUCUAAGUCACUUGAAGAAGCUUUGACAAAAAAGCAAACAGAGGAAAAUGUUGAGUAUACAGAUAGUGAAAAAGAUUAUGGCCUCCUUCCAGUCGAAUCCUCUAAAGAGAAUGGACAUGUGAGUGAAGACAAGUCUAAAAUGGACCUUCCACAACAACCAAUCAAGGAAAAGAAAUUAGAAGAUCCUAAAGAAGAAAUUAAUGGCUUCAAUGAUGAGAACAUUGAAAGGGUUGAUGCUAAAGUUGAGAGUGCCAAUGGAAAACUGAGGGAAAAUGAGAACAAAGAAAAAGAAGAUGACACGGUGGAACGUGAGUUCAAAAUGUGGGAAAGCUGCAAGAUUGAAAAGGAGUUUUCUCCAGACAGGGAACUAGAGAAGGAAUCAUUUGGAGGGGAAGUGAAUUCAAAGGUGGAUGGCAGUGAAAUUGAUCAGAUAAAUGGACUGUUGUCCACAGAAAAUGUUGAGGAUAGUGCAACCUCACCAACAAAGCAGCAACAGCAGAAGAAGAAGAAACCUUUUAUCAGGAAAUUUGGAAGCUUACUCAAGAAGAAGCCAGCUAGCAACCAGAAGUAGAGGAAGAAUCUCUUAGCCUGACUAGCAGGCAGGUGUAUUGAGUAUACUACCUUGCACCUUAUUGUGUUUGCUUUGUUGUUCUUGCAUUUGAUUUUCAGAGAGGUUAUAAAUGAAAAAGCUUGUAUUAUCUUAGUUUCUUUCUCAAGUGUUUUUUUUCUUUUCCUUAAUGUGGUUCCCCAUGGUGGGGAGUAUCUUGUAUGUGGUGGAGAUUUUUUGUCCUUAAUUCUUUCCCCUUGCCCUUCUUAUCUAAAUUUCAUGAAAAGGAGUGGUAUUGUGGUAUAUCUACAAAUUGUAUUUUUAUUUGCUUUUGGUUAUUCUACAUGAAAAACUUAAUAUAUUAUUCUUGCUAA